AGAGAGAGAAAGUGAAAAAGAGAAAGAUGCAACUAUCUCAGCUUCACUCACACUUCAAGUAUCACUCCCCCUCCCAUUCACACUUACAUAUAUUGCGCUUUCCUCUAUUUUUGUUGUGUUUUGACUAUUUCGACUACACUUUUUUGUAUCGGACACAUCAUUUCGUAAUAGUUCUGGUUUCUGGAAGCCGACAGUCAUUUCUCCUUCUGCCUUAUACUUGUCUCUCAAGACCAACAAUGUUGGUAGUUCUGAUGUUACUGAUGAUGGCUUCUUACAUUUCGACCCCUCUGGAAAUUGCAGAUAUGAAGCCUUCUGAAACUAUUGAUUUGGGAUACACUACUGGAAUAACCAUAACAUGUCGGCAUAAUCUAAAAAAUUUUAUUCACUUUGCUCUCGUUCAAAACCAGGAUUAUGUCGUUUUCAAAGUUUAUCGUAUCAAGGAGGAAAGACGUUUUAAGACAGUAACCAAGCGAAAGGGUUUUGACUGUACUCUAGAUUUUAUUAACAAAGAUGAGAUUAUCUGCUGGAAAUUUAAUCCAGCUUGCGAGGAUGCGACAUAUUACACAUGUAAAACAAAUCUCCAAUCUUCAAAACCUAAAGUUUUAAAAAAUAAAUUGUAUAAUGCAAAUAUUAUUACUAAGAUUUUAAUAUUUGCAACAGCCCUGCUUUUUAUUAGCAAUCUGCAUGAAGUAUCUCGAAAAAGAAAAACCGAAUCAACCAGGUUAGUAUUAUAUAAUUCAUUUUCUUUUCUGUGA